CAAGUUGGUACCUGAGUUGCCUUUGAUAGACACACUGUGUCCAAUCUCCACAUGGGAUUUAAUUGUCUUUAGCCAGGGGGCGGGGCCUCCUGUCAGCUCCACUUCUUGUGACCCUGGUCGGCAUAAAGGCAUUUGGUACAGAGGAAUGGUAACAGCCAAGAGACACACAUAGUUGCAGCCAUGAAGGAAAUCAUGGCACAAAAAGAGAAGCUCCAAUGCCUGAAAGACUUUCACAAAGACAUCCUCAAGCCCUCACCAGGGAAGAGCCCAGGUACCCGGCCAGAAGAUGAAGCCGAGGGGAAAGCCCCCCAGAGGGAAAAGUGGGCCAGCAAGCUCGACUUUGUCCUGUCCGUGGCUGGAGGUUUUGUCGGAUUAGGAAAUGUGUGGCGCUUUCCUUAUCUUUGUUAUAAAAAUGGUGGAGGUGCAUUUCUCAUCCCUUACUUCAUCUUCCUGUUUGGGGGUGGCCUGCCCGUCUUCUUCCUGGAAGUGGCUUUGGGGCAGUAUACAUCUGAGGGAGGAAUCACCUGCUGGGCCAAGCUCUGCCCCAUCUUCACUGGAAUAGGCUAUGCAUCUAUCGUCAUCGUUUCUCUGCUGAACAUCUACUACAUCGUGAUUUUGGCUUGGGGACUCUACUACCUCUUUCAGUGCUUUCAGCCAGAGCUUCCUUGGGCAAAAUGCAAUCAGCCCUGGAAUACAGAGCACUGUAUAGAGGACACAGUACGCAGGAACAAGACCCUCUGGCUGGCAGCCAAUGCCACCAACUUUACCUCCCCUGUCACAGAGUUCUGGGAACGCAACGUUCUAAGUAUAUCCACUGGGAUUGAGGACAUAGGACCCCUGAAGUGGGACUUAGCUGUGUGUCUCCUGGUUGUGUGGGUGAUCUGUUUCUUCUGCAUUUGGAAAGGAGUCAAGUCAACUGGUAAAGUCGUGUACAUUACAGCGACUUUCCCGUUUGUGAUGCUUAUCAUCCUGCUGGUUCGUGGUGUGACUCUGCCUGGAGCAGCUGAGGGGAUCAAAUUCUAUCUAUAUCCUAACUUGACCCGUCUCCAGGAUCCAGAGGUGUGGAUUGACGCAGGAACACAGAUAUUUUUUUCCUACGCCAUUUGCCUGGGCGCCAUGACGUCCCUGGGGAGCUACAACAAGUAUAAAUACAACUGCUACAGGGACUGUUUGCUGCUUGGAGGCCUCAACAGCGGUACCAGUUUUGUGUCUGGCUUCGCAAUAUUUUCCGUCCUGGGCUUCAUGGCACAAGAACAAGGGGUGGACAUUGCCGAUGUGGCAGAGUCAGGUCCAGGCUUGGCCUUCAUCGCGUACCCCAAAGCAGUGUCCAUGAUGCCAAUGCCAACUCUGUGGGCCAUCCUCUUCUUCAUCAUGCUGCUUCUUUUGGGUCUUGACAGCCAGUUUGUUGAGGUGGAAGGACAAAUCACUUCAAUUGUGGAUCUAUAUCCGUCUGUCCUGAGGAAGGGCUACCGCAGAGAGAUCUUCAUAGCAGUGAUGUGUUUUAUAAGCUAUAUCCUGGGACUCGCUAUGGUGACAAAAGGUGGCAUGUACGUAUUCCAGCUCUUUGACUACUAUGCGGCCAGCGGUGUGUGCCUUUUAUGGGUCGCAUUCUUUGAGUGCAUUGCUGUAGCCUGGGUUUAUGGAGCUGACAAUUUCUAUGACGGGAUUGAAGACAUGAUUGGCUACAGACCGAACCCAUGGAUGAAAUGGAGUUGGACCUUUAUCACACCUGUACUCUGCAUGGGCUGCUUUAUCUUCUCCCUGGUGAAGUACAAGCCCUUGACCUAUAACAAAGUGUAUGAGUAUCCUGACUGGGCCAUCGGCCUGGGCUGGUGUUUGGCCCUGACCUCCAUGAUCUGCAUCCCAAUGGUGAUGGUUAUCAAGAUCCUACAGUCUGAAGGGCCUCUGAUUGAGAGGAUUAAGGCAGUGGCAGCACCGGCGAAGUCAGGCGUGAGCUCUCGCCCGAAAGAGUACAACGUGAAGUGCAGCGAGCUGACACAGCCCCUGGACCCAAACGGGAACAAUGGCUUGAUCAAGCCCACCCAGGCCGUUGUAGAAACAAUGAUGUGAGCGCUCUCUGUGAGAGGAAUACGAAUGAUGUGCUUUCUGUGUUAUCAUGUUGGCUAACUUUGAUAAGGGUAGGUUUACAUUGUCCAAUAUAUUCAUAGUAGAUUUUCUUUGGAUUGAUUUUUAUUAAGAGAGAGAUAUAUAUUACUGUUUAAAUUUUUUCGUCUUAUAAUUUUUGAUUCUUUUUUUUUUGUUUUUUUUACUCUGUUGAUAUUGUUCAUGUUACAAUUGUUGCUGUAGUUGGCACUGAUCUAAGCUUAGACAGUAUUUUGAGAGAAAACAUGCUCAUUGUUUACUAUGUUUCUGUUGAUUCCAGAAAGAUGAGGAAUUUGACGGGUUUUGCUGUAAUAGGAGGAAAUUUUAAACUCUCAAAAAACUGAGUUUCUAAUUGGAUUAUUAACUGUGACAUUUUUAUUUUCUUUGGAAAAUCAUCUAAACACUCUAAUGCGAUCAGCUAACCUAUUUAAUUUUUUCUUAUAUUUUGUGCAACAACGAAAAGGAAUUUACAUCUGCAAGCAGCAGAAUUGGCCCCCCCUCAAGCUACGUUUACACCGUCCUCAGCCACUUCCAAUUAAAAGUUAGUUUUGGGUUUCCGCAUUCCAAACUCUCAUGUUCACUUGUAGCUACAUAGGUUUUUACGACAGUUUUCAGGCUCUGCGUACAAAACGCGGGACCAAUGAACGCAUGAUGAAAAAGAAACUAGGUUGAACUUUGACCAAUCGGGGACUCGGAUUUGGUAGUGAUGAAUGGAUUACGUCCAUGGAAGUGCCAACCAUUUGAAAAUAGAUCAUGAAGGAGAAAAUAAUAACUAUGGUUUGUGCACAGUUUGGAAUUAUAUGACACAAAGUCUUUCAUAUAUUGAAAUAGAGCUGUGAAAGAAAAAGGCUGGAAUAAAAUUUGCUAGAUUUGCACGACUCAGACAAUUCAGACCAAGCCUCUUCCAGCUGUAGGUGGCGGACAUGAGCUAGUAAACAGUAGCAAAAGAAAACAAAGAAGCCCCUCCUUGCUUGUCCAUUGUGAACACCUUGGAAUGUACCCACGUCACAUGCCCGGUGUGUACGUAGCUCUAGAGCACAUAUCUAUAAUAGGUAGCAGUAAUGCGUUGUAUGGAGUUAAUCUGGCUCUGCACCCUUUGAAUUACAUGUUAUACAAGGCCUUGGCCGAAUACAAAGCAUCUAUCAAUCCUGACAAACAAAUCAGACAAAUCAUCAAACAGCUAAAACAAGACAUGUAAGGAGAAAAAAGGGAAGUGACAUUUUUAGAGUAACUUGUACACUGCCUGUGUGACUACUAUAGUCCGCCCUUGUGCAUUUAUUAAAAAAAACCUCUAUUUGCACUUUAUGUCAUUUCACCUUUACUGUAGUGUUUGUUCUAAUAGUUUUUAGAUUUGCACUUACAUUUGCAAUAAAUACAGGGAGGAAAUAUUUUUAGCUUCUUUUUGAUAUAGCAAAUUUUGACAUAGUGGAAGUAGUUUGUCUCUUUGCAAACAGCAAAGGGGAACCAGAGUUAAAGAAUAUCACAUUCUCUGAAUUAGACUGAUUUGUGGAAUCUGUGAGAUCGCCUAAACACGUUACUUUUUUCUGUAAGCCUGACAGCUGCCUCCUCUGUUCUGAUUUCUCUGUGCAGCAGGAUUGCUCUGCAGCACUACCACUGGAUUUUAGUGUGUAAAGUUCUGUUAUUUUUAUUGUAGAAUGUGAAUGUUUGUAAAUCACACAUGCCUUUUUGUAAAAAAGUUUUAUACAGGAACAUGAUUUGAACACCAUCACUUGUGUGGAAGGCUGACCUGUUUUCGAGAUGUCAGUUGUUGUAAGCUCAAAUAAUUAGGCAAUAAUCAGAUAAUACAGAGGUAAUCUUUUGCAGAUUUUCAAACACAUUUCAUUAGAAAAAAAACCCACACAAUUUAACAAUUUUAUGUGGAUUUGAUCAACAGUUAACCUGAUCAGAUAGAAAGUCUGAAGAGAUUGUUUUCCUAAGCUCCCACAGGACUUGUCUGUGUGUGCUACUAGGAAAUUGAAAUGUACCAAAGUUGUUUUGUCUCGCAGUUUUCCCCUCCAGGAUGCAAACUGCAUCCUUUCCGAUGUAGAUAAAAAUAAAUAUGUUUUUCCUUGGA